UGAACCGAGUGUUACUGAACCCAUUACACGUGGUUGUGUCACACUUGCUCUGUGAAAGUGUGCCCUUCAGCUUCUCUCCCUAUUCAGUCAACUUUAAUGCUCACUGACUAAUAGCAAUGCCUACUGUAAUGGAGAAAGAACAGGGAGAGAACAGCUCGCCCGGGAAGACUACCGCUCCUGCCAAACAAGCAGUAGACCGCCAAAACUCUCUCUCUCCCUCUGGUUGUCCUUUCCACAGUGGAAGUGCUAGUGAACAAAACGGCGCAGGUUCUCAUUCUGAGCCGCAGCAGAACGGGUCCAAGCCUGCCCCACAUGGAAACGUGGCUUCUGUAGGGAGUGCAGGGUCGACCCCACCUCCCACUAACGGGCUCUACUCUCCAACCAGUGAAGUCUCUGAUGAACUGAAUCUUAAAAAUGAGUCAGAGGACUUGGAGACAUCACCUAAGGAUAGCAAAUUACCGGGUCGGGUCGGACCUCCUCGUAAAACCAGACGAUCGAAGAAAGGAGGAAAUGAAAAAGAUGAGAAGGAAGACUUUAGGACGAUUUCAUUGAAAUUAUUAUUACCAGGACAGACUGAUACUAUUGAUAUCAUGCAUGUUGCUAAAGACACAGUGAAUGAUUUAUUACAGUAUGCAUUUGAGAAACCUGACUGUUGCUAUAGGACAUGUCUCUCAUUAAGGCUGAGAGGAAGGAAGCUUGACAACUUCUCAGAGAUUGGCUCUGUCUCCGGUCUAAAGGAUGGUUCAGUCAUAGAACUAGUUGAAGAGCCAUAUACACUAAGAGAUGUAAUGGUUCACAUCCAAAGACUACAAGAGUUGAUUGGAGUGGAUGUACUUCAGUCGUCAUACACGUGUAGCAAUGGUCUCUCCCUCUCAUUCCUUAAUCCAAUCAUCAGUACCAACCUUGAUGCUACACCUACAGAUUCAAAGUCCUCAGAGCCUUCAGAUAUUCCAUUACCUCCUGACUAUAUUGCUCCAAGCUCCUCUACUUCUGCCUCUCCUCCUUUCAUCUCUAACUUUUAUCCUGAAAAAUUAGCUCAAUACCACCAGAAUUACGAGUGUCUCAAGAGACUUUCCUACAGCCAAUGGAAUCCUCCUACUCCUAACAGGAAAUUCAAAGGUGACUUGCUGUAUAUUGAUGUGAAGAUGCUGGAGGGCGAGGAGUUUUGUAUCACUGCCUGCCCCAGUGGGUUCUAUCUAAACAGAAGUGUGCCUGAUGUUAGUUUUGAUCCUACUCCAAGGAAGGUCGCUCAUCAUUGUCAGCACUUGGUUACCUUAUUACAGCAGAUUAGUGCUCUCUUUAGAAAGAACUAUAGUUUACUGCAGAAGGAUGGAGAAAGGAAGAAUGUUUAUGAAAUCUUUCCAGUUCCUUAUCCAGUGUACCCUUGGUUACUUCCCAAGCAAGAUGUAAAGCCCAUUACCUUCCGAACGGACGAAUGCUGUGGGCUCAAAGCAGCAACUGAUGAACUACUAGUGGGUCAACUAAGAGAUUGGAAUGAAGAGCUACAGACCACGAGGGAAUUAUCAUCCAGUACUCUACAGCAUCGUGUGUUUAGAGAUAGGGCUCUGUUUAAAGUCCAGUCUGAUUUUGUACAGGCGGCCAUCAGAGGAGCUAAAGCAGCUGUGGAUGGACAGUUAUACCCACUCAAUCCAUCAGAACUAGAACGCAAUCACAUGUUCCUUUGGAAUAAUAUUUUCUUCAGUACCGGAUUUGAUGGGCGUGGCCACUUUAAAGACUUUGGAGGAGAUGAAGCCGGACAUGCUGCAGCUAACUAUGAUCUUCAAGGAGUUAGCAUUUUAGAAAAACUUGGAAUCAAGGGCCUACACACAUUGGGGGCAGUCCUUAUAGAUUAUCGUGGUUACAGAGUCUUUGCUCAGACGAUAGUACCAGGUCUGUUGCAGAGAGAGCAGGACACUUCAAUAGUCUAUGGGUCAAUGGAUAAUGGAAAGAAUUUCACAAGAAAUGAGGAAUUUGAGAAAUUGUUGACCCAAUGUGGCAGUAAGCUUCACAUAAGACCUCACAAAAUUCUGACAGAGUCCAAUGAAGAGGUUGAUAUACCAGUAUCUGUUGAGGUUAAAGGUAUUGAUGGAACUGAUGGAAGACAUUAUGUACUUGAUUUGUUCAGAAUAUUACCACCAGAUCCAAACUACUCAUCUUAUAGUAAUGAAGGAGGAGAAGCAGCAUCAGUCACAAGAAACUUAAGACAUAAACUUUAUGUACUCCGUCCUGAACUAAUGGACCAUUACUUGUGUGCUGGUCAAAGGUUAGCAAUGGAGCUCCAUAUGUUUGAGGAGAUGAAAAAAACUCUAUCACAGCAGCAAAAGUCUGAAGCUGAUAAAGGGGGUGAAGCUGAUAAAGAGGGUGUGUCUAAUAACGAGACCGAAGUCACCAGUGAAGGACAGAAUGAGCCUAAAGCUGAUUCACCUAGUAAAGGAGGUGUGGUUACUAAUGAAGAGGUUCAAGCCAGCCUGUCACCUGAUAAAGAUAUGAACAUGAUUGCUGAGAAUGAAUUGGAACAGUUAAAUAAAGAUAUUGAUAUUUCGCUUAGUUCAUUGGGUGAUGCUGAUGCUGUUUUGAAUAAUGUCUCUAUUGACCACACCCAGUUCCCAUCUCUGCAGGCUCUUGAGUCUAGUUCUCCUGCCAUUAUCAUUCUAGCCAAUGAAGAUGAUGCUGGGGUGGAGUUUGAAAAGACCACACCCACUAGUUUUAGCUCAUUAUUGGGUGGUCAGUCCAAUGUAGAGAAACCUGAUCUUGAUGAAGGGGGUGUGGCCGAAAAGAAUGAGCAAGAAGGAAAGACUAACGAUAAAACUGACCAAUCAACAACCGAGACCACUCCCACAAAGUUUAAAGAUUUUGAUGUUUUGUUCAAUCCUGAUAUAUUGACUGCUGGUAUCACACAUGCUGAUUCAGCAGAAGUCCUGCAUAAAGAUAAUGUCAAUGUCAACGAACUAUCAACUUACUUAACAAAGAAUGCUCUACCUAAAUUUGUGAGAGACUGUAUAUAUCUUAAUAUAUCACCAAUUGAUGGCACCUCAUUGAAAUCCCUCCUCCACUCAAGGGGUAUCAAUAUUCGUUAUAUUGGAAAGAUUGCAAUGCUAGCCAAGACAAGGGAAGAUCUGGACCACAUACAUAGGAUCUGUGUUACUGAGAUGAUACUAAGAACUGCUAAGAAGAGAUUCAGGAAGCUUUUAUUAACGACUCCAUUGAACCGUGUAUCAGCCAAUGUGGCUCAUUUCCUCAACUGUUUACUAACUGAUACUGAAGAAAUUGUUUCUGAUGAAGUUGCUGCUACUACAAAAAAGAAGUCCAAGAAGAAGAAGGGAGGAGGAGGUAGUGGUGGUGGUGCCAGUGGUCCAGUCACUAAAACUACAUCUGCUGGAAAAGACUUGUCUCAAGGAAAGUUAUGGAAACUUUUAGUGGAAGAUGUACUUCAGCAUUUCCUGUACACACUGGAAUAUAAUUCUGUAACUCACAUGUGUACUACUUGUGGUGUUAGUAAAGUCUCUCUUCUCAGGGAAUUCUGUAACAAAACAGGAGUACAGAUUACAUUGAAGGAUUACAAGUUUUCCUUGACUGCUCCAUUCAGUGAAGAUGAUAUUGCCUGUAUUGUACCUGUUGUUAAGCAUACUGAUUUUAAACCUCUUGAAGCCUCUGGUUUGUAUGAGUUGGCUCAGGUUCAGUUGCAGUCUGGUAAUAUUAAAGUUGCUCUUGACUAUCUAUCGGAAGCCGUCCAAUUGUUUGCUCAAGUCUUUGGGCCACUACAUGUCAACAUAGCAAACUGUUAUAAAGUUAUUGCACGAAUUCAUCAUGCUCUAGGAGACAGUAAACUAGCAAUAUCAUAUCAACACAAAACCGUCAUUAUGUACGAGAGACUGCUAGGAGUGGACCACUCCAGCUCCAUAUCAGCCUAUUUCCAUUUGGCUCAGUAUUGCUGUGGGGCUGAGAGGAAUGUUGUGGCGUUAAGAUUGCUGUAUAGAGUUAGGUAUCUAAUAAUGUUAACACAUGGUGAGGAUCAUCCUGAAAUGUCUAAUGUUGAUUUUUACAUUGGUUUACUACUGAGUAAUGCUGGUCAUUAUGAAGAAAGUCAGGCAUAUCUGGAAAGUGCUCUUAGAUUACAAAACAAGUUUCAUGGAAGUCAAUCAAUAACUGUAGCCACAACUCAUCAUCUUCUUGCCAACUCAUUGACUCACAUUGGAGCAUUUGCUGAAGCUAAACAAAAUGAGAGAAAAGCAUACAAUAUCUAUAGAACUAAAUUUGGCCCAGAUCAUGCACGUACUGUUCAAUCUUAUAAAGACGUGAGAUAUAUCACUGAGAAGCAAGUCUCUUAUGAUCAGACUAUUGAGCUGGCUCUCCAGGGUAUCAAUAAAAGUAAAACUUCUAAGGGAACAAAACAGUGAAUACUUGUCGUAUGCUGUGUCAAUACCUCCUUAAUGGACAACUUAAAGAUUAUCAUUAGUAAAUGUGUGUAAAAAUAAAAUUAUGACAUUAUCAUGACUACUGUUAUUUAUUAUUUAUUGAGUUAGAGAUUAUGAUUGUUACAUAUUAUUUAAUUUUAAUAAAAA